CGCCUCCAUCCCAGUUUCUGGGAAACCAGGAUUUCCCCUCCACCCCCGCCCUGACAUUGGUGCCCUUGACGCGUUCCUCAACUUGUGCUCACGUCCGCAAACGUUUCCUCGCCGACCAUCUUGUCAUUCGCUCGAUCUUCCACAUCUGCAUCUGAGUCUGAGGUUCCAUAGAAGAUGGGUCUCGCAGGACGUAAACAAAAGCAGAGGAUUGGGCACGAUCCAAGGAAUCUGAGCUGGGCGGACGACGCCUCCCGCUUCGGUCAAAACUACCUUGCAAAGUUUGGCUGGGAUGCGUCCAAAGGCCUGGGCGCGCAGGGUGAAGGUCGCACCUCCGCCAUCAAGGUCUCGCAGAAGCUCGACAUGAUGGGCAUCGGGGCCGCGCACACCAAGGAUCCCAACGGCAUCGCGUGGAAGCAGAGCAAGGACUACGAGAACCUGCUCGCGCGCCUGAACGCCGCGGCGGCGGGGGAGACGUACGCGCCCGCGACGGGCGUGGUGGCGGAGGGUGGGUUCGUGAAGCCCACGGAGGAGGGCGAGAACGCGAACGCUGCAGAAGUGAAGGAGAACGCGGGCGAGGCGAAGGAGAAGACGAAGGAGGAGCUGAAGAGGGAGAAGAAGGAGAAGAAGCGGAAGCGGAAGGAGCAGGAGGGGGAGGAUGUGGAGAAGAAGAGCAAGAAGCGGAAGAAGGACCAGAGCGAGGGCAACACUCCUACACCUGUAGCUGAGGAAUCGUCCGACGAUGAGCCUCUCCCCGCUCCCGCGCCUCGUCCCGUUCUUCGCAGAGCUCACCGAUCCCGUCACAUCGCCUUCAAAAGCAUGGCCACCAAAGACGCCACCGCCGUGGCAGAAAUCCUCGGUGUCGCUCCCACACCUUCCUCCCUCUCCUCCAGCGCAUCCCCAAUGGGCACGCUCACGCCUACCAGUGAUGAGCCUGCGACUAUGGAGAAGCUCACGAGGAGCACGAAGUCGGUCGCAGACUACUUCAAGGAGCGUUUGGCCGCGAAGGCGGCGGCGAAGUCGGGCUCGUCGACACCUGUUCCUCCGUCCGGCUCUGAAAGCGCAGUUGAAGAAAGCACAUCACGAGAAGAGUCAGAUGCGCCGCGAGGCGGGUUGGGCUCCAGCCGGAGCCGCAACGAGGAGGAAGAUGCCCCUCGGAGCGGUUUGGGGUCACGCAGUGGACUUGGGUCUGGCAGCGGCAUCGGCUUCGGCGGUGGGCUUGGGUUCAGUGGCUCGCGACCUCGCGACGAUGAUGACUCAGCCCCUCGCGGCGGCCUGGGCUCCUUCGCGAGGAUGUUCCAGAUGCCGUCGACGGCGCCGACCACUGAGACGGGGAAGGGCAUGGCGAUGUUCGCAGCGCUUUCUUCCUCGAAAGUGCUCUCGGGCGAGGCAGCUCCUGCAGAAGAGGUGCCUGUGACCGAGACAGAGAAGGAGAGACGAAAGAGGGAGAAGAAGGAGAAGAAGCGCAAGGCUGAGGAGACGCAGGAGAAUGAGGAAAAGGCGGCGAAGAAGGAAAAGGCGGCGGAGAAGGAGAAGCGGCGGAAGAGCGAGGCGGAGGAUGAGGUUGCGCCCAGAGACGUUGGAGAGGAGUUGGGUCCCAAAGAGAAAAAGAAGAAGGACAAGAAAGGAAAGGCGAAGCAGGGCGACGCGGACGAGGUCACAGCGGAGGCUGUAGAUGACGGUCGCAAGGAGUCCAAGAAGCGGAAGCGCGACAAGCAGAUUGACGACUCGACGCCUUCGGUAGCACCAACACCGUCAAACGACUCCGAGACGAUGCCCUCCGAAGACGCCAAGACGAAGGAGGAGCGCAAGGCAGAAAAGCGGCGGAGGAAGGAGGAGAAGAGGCGGAAGGAGGCGUAGGAGGCUUGGCUAACGGUGUUCUCGUGUGGUUCAAUCUCUGGAAAACCUUUAUUGACGAUAUACUUGCUCAGUAGCGUGCAGUUGCGGCCAUACGCUCACCUGCUUACGAUGCCCGAUUCCCCGCUGUCGACCGCUCUUGCCUUGCACACUCUGUUGUCGACGAUGAUCAUACUCGCGUCUACCGUCAAGCGGUUUUCAAGUCGCCGACUUCCUUGGGCAAUGCGGCAAGCUGGAUAAAGCGCCGCCUCGAGGUUCGAACAACCUGCCCUGCAAACUAACUUUAUGAGCGC